CUGAUAGAUUAGACUUCUAUAUAGCUACCUCCAUGGUCCUGUCCGCUGCCCACGCUCCUCCCUCCCAGUAUCAACGCCACCGGAGCUGCCUCCUCCGACACUCUGCCAAACCCUAAUCUGACCACCUGAGGCGGCGGCGCCGCAACUCGCUGCCAGAACCGGCGGCAAGUUGUGAUUUGGUGAAAUGCCGGCGACCUGCUUCUAACUCGCCGGUUUUUCUCGGGCGCGGUUUUAGGGGUUUCUUAGUCGGCGAAAAGUAGAGCCUGCGGUUUUCUGGGAAUGCCGACGGACACCAAGAUUAGCGCAUCGGUUUUCUUCUCUCAUCCGCAUUCUCAUUGAUACCAAUGCGCUUAUUCUUCACCAAGUGCCAUGAUUCAUCUCGCGGCAGGGAAAAGCAGGAAGAGGAAGGAAAUCGAAAGGGCCUUCUCCUUCAAUGAUCUGAAUCAAGAUCUUCUCGAAAGGGUCCUCUCAUGGCUCCCUGCCUCAAGCUUCAUGCGACUGCGCACUGUCUGCAAGAGAUGGAACUCCAUUGCUAAAUCCAGAACAUUUCAGGCGGCGUGCGCGCAUAUACCUUCCCGGAGCCCAUGGUUUCUCAUGGUCGACCAGGAACUCGAUCAGUCGAUUGUUUACGAUGCAGCCGAAGGGGACUGGAAGGCUCUAAACCCUCCAAUUCAGUUUCUCGAUCGCCGUAAAGGAAAGCCUAUCCCUGUGGCGGCCUCCGGGGCUACUGUUUGUUAUCAGACAGUCGACGGCGAUCUAGAGGUGUGCAAUCCGGUGACCGGUUCCUGCCGCAAGCUUCCGCACUUGCGACAGUCAACCAAGGCCUGCUCUGUGCGUGCCAUUGCAAUGCAUUCGACUCCAAGCAGUUCAUCUUCUUACAAGGUGGUUGUAGUUUCUGGCGAAUUCACCAGCCUUGCAUUUCGAGUUUUCGACUCCAUGAGAGGGCUGUGGGACAAUGAGGUCAAGCUGGUCCAUGAAACUAAGAACUCAGCCAUGUCUUGCACGGUAGGCGGUGAGGUCUUCUAUUUCCUCAGCAAGGCCGGUGAUGUCGUCGCGACCGGAAUGCAGAGAAGCCUGUCGAAGCAAUACUCGUCGGUUCUGACUAUCGAAAACGGGGAGGAAAUUGUCUACUUCAUUAGCCCCUCUGCUACUGUUGCGGCCUGCAAUCUUGCUCAAAAGGCAUUCUAUGAGUAUCCUAGAUUGUUGCCGAUUUACUCCGAGUACUCGAUCGAUGUCGUCGAGUGCAACGGGGAGAUGCUAGUAGUCCUCUUGUCGGAGUUCCUUGAUACGGCAAGUUUGAGGGUGUGGAGGUUCUCCAAAGAGGACGUAUCUUGGAGACAAGUAGCCACGAUGCCGCCGGCGAUGGCUCAUGAGUUCUAUGGAAAGAAAUUGGACAUAAACUGUUGUGGCCAUGGAAGUAUGAUCUUGAUGUGCUUCCACUCCGAUGGGUUCAGCAGGUGUGUGAUGUUUCGAAUGGAAGCGAACGAGUGGGUCGAGCUGCCCGAGUGUUUUGUGUAUGAUUGUGCUAAGGAGUUCAUGUCUGCCUUCUCUUUCGAGCCAAGAAUGGAAGUUGUCGUGUGAGGAAUGAAGUUUUUUUCUUCUCCAUUUACAUGUUCAUCAUUGUAUAUUCCGAUUUCCCUAAUGCUUUCUUUCCUUAGGAGGAAGGAAAUAAAAACUAUGAAAAAAUUUCCAUCAUGAAAAUUUUUUUUCUGUUUACUUCAUAAAUAA